CAGGUCCCCAUUUCCCGCGCUGUAGUGGGGCACCGACAGACAAUGAGCCCACGUUUGGCCCAGUUUGGUCAGUCGUCGAGCUCCUCGAACAUUGGUACCGAUAUCCCAUAUCUCUCCCACGAAAGAAGGGCAAACGUCCAGGGCCCGGUGGAAUUACAUCGCGACUAGGUCACAAUGGCUCCCCCCGGGCAUCUCUGUCAACCGCUGCGCCAGCUGAGGCACGGCAGUCACCGUCUCCUGGCACGAGCACGGCAAUUUCCACCCUCACGCCUCAUCUCGUCGUCGGCAGUCGCAUCCGCACCGAAGCCGCAGCCGCAAUCGCAAUCCUCAUCCUCCUCGGAUGCUCCUCCUCCUCCCAACAUCCACAACAAUAACAACAACAUCAACAACAACAAUAAUAAUAAUGGCAACAACAACAGCAACCACGCCCGGCCGCCAAAACCAAAGAAGCCCCUCACCCCCGAGCAGCAGGCCUUCCUCUCCUCGGCCCUGCGCGUCAACCAAGCCGGCGAGCUGGCCGCGACGCUCAUCUACACGGCGCAGACCCCGCCCGUGGUGGCGCGCGAGCCGCACCUGCGCCCGCUGAUGCGGCACAUGUACGACCAGGAGGCCGGCCACCUCUCCACCUUCAACGACCUCAUCGCCAAGCACCGCGUGCGGCCCACGGCCCUCUACCCCCUCUGGUCCGUCCUCGCGACCGGCCUGGGGUGGACGACCGGCGUCAUGAGCCGGGAGGCCGCCAUGGCGUGCACCGAGGCGGUCGAGACCGAGAUUGGCGGGCACUACAACGCCCAGAUCCGGAAGCUGCUCGAGAUGGUGAGCGAGUGGGAGGCCGAGGGCUACGACGUCGGGGACGAGUUCCGGGAGCUGAUUGAGACGCUGAGGCGGAUACGGGACGAAGAGCUGGAGCAUCUCGACCACGCCGUCGCGCAUGACGCCAAGAAGGCCGAACCGCACUGGUUGUUGACGGGCAUCAUCCGGGCAGGGUGUCGCGGCGCCAUAUGGGUCAGUGAGCGGGUGUGAUCCAAGAGCGGGAAGUUGAAGAAGAGGGGGGGGGGGGAACUGUUGGGAGUGGGUAGGUGGUGCUGCAUCCGCCCCCGCCCAGGACAGAGAAAGCUGUAUUAAAUCUUGUAUAACUACAACGUGUGCGAUUAAAUAUGUCUGCAACAAAACAAGAGUCGAGAGAAUAGAAAGGGGGCAAAAAAAAAAAAAAGGAAAAAAAAACCAAAGAUGACCUCGCAGAGCUGCUCCAACAAAGGACAAAAGCCGCAGCCAAACGGGC